UUAUUCCAAGUCAACUGAAGUAGCAGCUCAAGUCCAUGCAAGGAAUCAAACCUGCCUCUUCCUAGCCCACUGGUUUUUCCACCUUUCACCACUAGCCAUAGACUAAAACACACCAUAUUACUGCAGCGUGAGAGCACUCACUCCUCCUAUAUACUUUUACAGCUGGGAACAAGAAAACCAGAGGAAACCAUACUCAACUACUGAUGGCUGAACUUAGAUUACUACUAUUUUCCCUCUCCAUCCUCUUCUCCACUUCCUUGUGCUGUCCAGAUGAUCAGAAACUAGCCCUUCUCCACUUCAAAUCCUCCCUCUUGGACAGUAUUAACUCUUCUACACAAUAUUCCCUCUCCAGCCUGGAUUCGUGGGAUGAUAGCUCAGAUUGUUGCCACUGGGAUAUGGUCACUUGUAGUUCUCGGUCAAAUUCUAGAAAAGUAGUUGCCCUCCACCUUGACUCUCUGGUUUUAGCAGAGCAACCCAUACCAAUUCCUUCCAUGGUUUUAUCUCCUCUCUCUCUCAUCAAAAGCUUGAUGCUGCUUGAUAUAUCCUCAAAUUAUAUCGUAGGUGAGAUCCCACCCGGUGUGUUUUCCAAUCUCAGCAAGCUGGUUCACCUCGACAUGAUGCAAAAUAACUUCAGUGGAUCCAUUCCUCCACAGAUUUUCCAUUUGAGGUAUCUACAGUAUCUUGAUAUGAGUAGCAAUUUACUAAAGGGGGUUAUAAGCAAAGAAGUGGGCUCUCUUCUCAACUUGAGAGUAUUGAAGUUGGAUGAUAAUUCUCUGGGGGGGUAUAUUCCUGAAGAGAUUGGAAACCUUACGAAGUUACAGCAGUUGAAUCUUCGCAGCAACAAUUUCUUUGGUAUGAUUCCAUCUUCAGUUCUCUUCCUGAAGGAGCUGGAAAUAUUGGAAUUGAGGGACAAUUCUUUAUCCGUGGAGAUUCCUAAAGAUAUUGGUGAUUUAACCAACCUGACCACUCUGGCCUUGAGCGGUAACAGGCUGACUGGUGGAAUCACAUCAUCCAUACAGAAGCUUCACAAGUUAGAAACACUCAGAUUGGAAAACAACGUACUAUCUGGAGGAAUUCCAACUUGGUUGUUUGACAUCAAAAGUCUGAAGGAUCUGUUUCUUGGAGGGAAUAAUCUGACUUGGAAUAACACUGUAAACUUGGAGCCCAAGUGUAUGCUAGCUCAGUUAUCUCUGAGUUCAUGCCGUCUCGCGGGGAGAAUCCCAGACUGGAUUUCUACACAGAAGGAUCUUGUUUUCCUGGAUUUAAGCAGGAAUAAGCUAGAAGGACCAUUCCCGGAAUGGGUUGCUGAAAUGGACAUAGGCAGCAUAUUUCUGUCAGACAAUAAUCUUACAGGUUCACUUCCACCUCGUCUCUUUCGGUCUGAAAGUUUGUCAGUCCUUGCCUUAUCGAGGAAUAGCUUCUCUGGAGAGUUGCCAAGUAACAUUGGAGAUGCCAUUAAAGUCAUGAUUCUUGUGUUCUCCGGAAACAACUUUUCAGGGCAGAUUCCAAAGUCCAUCUCGAAGAUUUAUCGCCUUCUUCUUUUGGAUUUAUCAGGAAACAGGUUUUCGGGGAACAUUCCAGAUUUUAGGCCCAAUGCAUUACUCGCUUACAUCGAUUUCUCUUAUAAUGAGUUCUCGGGUGAAAUUCCAGUGAUCUUUUCUCAAGAAACCAGGAUACUUUCAUUAGGAAAUAACAUGUUCUCUGGAAAACUACCCAGUGACCUGACAGAUUUGAACAACCUUGAACACCUUGACCUCCAUGACAACAGAAUUGCAGGAGAACUGCCCAUGUCUCUCUCUCAAAUGUCCACUCUUCAAGUCCUGAACUUACGUAACAACACCCUCGAAGGUUCAAUCCCCAGCACCAUAACCAACCUCACUAACCUCCGAAUUCUAGAUGUCUCAAGCAACAAUCUCAGUGGCGAAAUACCGGCCAAGUUGGGGGAUCUGGUUGGAAUGAUAGAUACACCCAAUACUCUCAGAUCAGUCUCAGAUAUGUUCACCUUCCCCAUUGAGUUCAGUGACUUGAUAGUUAAUUGGAAGAAGUCGAAACAAGGUCUCUCAAGCCACAGCCUUGAAAUCUACUCUUUGCUAGACUUGUCAAAGAACCAGCUUUCUGGCCAACUCCCAGCUUCAUUAGGUCACCUAAAGGGUCUGAAGCUACUGAACAUCUCAUAUAACCACCUCUCUGGCAAGAUACCAGCAACUUUCGGCAAUCUAGAGAGUCUAGAGAGCCUGGACUUGUCACGUAACAGACUAUCCGGUUCCAUUCCAAGAACACUAUCAAAACUUCAAGAACUUACAACUUUGGAUGUAAGUAACAACAAACUCGAGGGUCAGAUUCCAGUGGGUGGCCAAAUGGACACGAUGAAUGAUCCAAAUUCAUAUGCCAACAACAGUGGGCUAUGUGGUUUUCAAAUUCUACUACCAUGUCCACCAGACCCAGAGCAGCCACAAGUAAAGCAACCAGAAGCAGAUGACUCAUGGUUUUCAUGGCAAGGUGCAGGGAUUGGAUAUUCAGUAGGCUUUUUUGCAACAAUAACAAUCAUACUUGUCUCUGGCUGUAUAAGCAGGUUACCACCUCAAAAUCGCCACCGAUCACACAGAAGGCAACGGGUUUAGGUUUGGCUACUGACUGUUGGCAAGGGAUCAAUGUUAACAAGUAUACUUUAUUUUUCAGAACUAGUACCUUGUGCUCCGAGUCUAGUUAGAAGUGUCACAAGCUGAAAUUGCAAGAAUAUUUCAAUUGGGCAUGCCAUUUCCAAAUGAUCUGUUCUAUAAUUUGUUUUCACUCUGCAAGUGUGUAAAGUUCAUUUAGCC